CACUUGCUUAAAAGAAAAGAUGGGUCGAAUAGUGCCACAAAGAAAGAUGACAUAUUUUGAAGUUAAAGGAAUUCAAGAUUCAACACGCGAUCAAGUACGGGUACCUAAUGUCAUUGCUUUGGUUGGAUUGCCUGCUAGAGGAAAAACUUAUAUUUCCCACAAACUUUGUAGAUAUUUAAAUUGGAUUGGAAUUAAAACUAAAGCCUUUAAUGUUGGUGAGUAUAGACGCCAAGCCUGUGAUUUUUUUCAACAAGGUGCUUCAGAUUUUUUUAGUCCACUUAAUGAACAAGGAACACAAAUUCGAGAUCACUGUGCCAAACUAGCAAUGGAAGAUAUGGGUAGAUAUUUGGAAAAUAAGGAGGGGGAAGUUGCGAUUUUCGAUGCAACAAAUACAACAAGGGAAAGGAGAAGGUGGCUAGUUGAUUUUUGUCAAGAAGGGGAAAGAGAGCCAAAAUUUCGAAUAUUUUUUAUUGAAAGUAUUUGUGAUGAUCCAGAAAUUAUUAAUUCGAAUAUUGCGGAAGUCAAAAUAAGUUCUCCCGAUUAUAUGGGAAAAAUGACUGAAGAAGAAGCACGUCAAGAUUUUUUAAAACGAAUUGAAAAUUAUAAAAUUCAAUAUGAGCCUUUAAAUGACGAUAUUGAUGACGACCUUUCUUACAUUAAGGUAAUUAAUGCUGGACGUUCUUUUUAUGUUCACAACGUAAAUGGCCACGUCCAAAGUCGAGUAGUCUAUUUUUUGAUGAAUAUUCAUUUAUUGCCUCGUUCAAUUUAUUUAACAAGGCAUGGAGAGAGUGAAUAUAAUAGAAUUGGAAGAUUAGGAGGAGACAGCCCCCUUAGCGAAAAUGGUAUUAAUUAUGCACAGAAACUGCAUGGAUAUUUUCAGCAUGAAAACAUUGGUGAUUUACGAAUUUGGAGUUCACAGAAAAUUAGAGCUGCCCAAACAGCCAAUUACCUCAAAGAUUUGGCUGCACAUGUAGAAUAUUGGAAAGUUUUGGAUGAAAUUGAUGCUGGAAUUUGUGAAGGAUUGACUUACAAAGAUUUUGAAUUACGUUAUCCAACACAAUUUAUUGAAAGAGACAAGGACAAAUAUCACUACAGAUAUCCAUCUGGAGAAAGUUAUGAAGAUUUGGUUGCUCGUUUAGAGCCUGUAAUUAUGGAGCUGGAAAGGCAGUCAAAUGUUCUUGUCGUUUCACAUCAAGCUGUUCUCCGCUGUAUUCUUGCCUAUUUUAAUAAUAAAAAUCGUGAAGAGUUGCCUUAUUUGGAUGUCCCAUUGCACACAGUAAUUAAACUGACACCGAAAGCUUAUAGUUGUCUAAUCGAAAUGUUUAAAUUCAAAGUAGAUGCUGUUGAUACUUAUAGAGCUAAACCUGGAGAGGUGAAAAAACCACCAGCACCAAUCCCUGAAGAAGAAAUAGAUCCUCCACCAUUAGAAAAUCAACAAUCCAUAGAAAAUUUGAAUGAACUUCUAACUAAUGGAUUUUUAAUUGAGGGAGAACAUAACUAA